CCUCGAAAGCGACCCCCUUGCCGUGCCACUUAAUGACAUUUGAGGCGUUUGGAGCAGCGAUGAUCAAACCAGCUCUUCUAUCACUCGGAUGCCUGUUUCUGCUGUUCAGUCUGUCUCCGUGUGAAGGUCAGUCUCAGUUGAUUGGUCCUCCUCAGCCAAUAGUGGUGAUAGUUGGUGAUGACAUCAUCCUGCCGAGCCACCUGGACCCUGCUGUGGACGCUUUUGACAUGAUAGUGGAGUGGACGAGACCUGACCUGAACCACAGACUUGUCCUUCUAUGGCGUCACGGUUGGGAGCUUGAGCAUAAAAAACACCCAUCCUAUGAGGGCAGAACGUCUCUGUUCAUGGACAAACUGAAGAACGGAGACGUUUCACUGAAACUCUCUGAAGUGAAACUGUCUGAUGAAGGAAAAUACAGAUGCUUCAUCCCUUCACUGGACAGAGAAUCUAUAGUUGAGCUUGUUGUUGGUGCUGCCUCCUCUCCUGUCAUCAUCAUGACCAAUAGCAGCAGUGGAGUGGUUUUAGAGUGUGAAAGUAAAGGCUGGUACCCAGAGCCUGAGCUGUUUUGGCUGGACGCUGAGGGACAGCUCCUCUCUGCUGGAGCUCCAGAGACAGUCAGAGGUCCUGAUGGCCUCUAUACUGUCAGCAGCAGAGUGACUGUGGAGAAGAGCCACAACAACAGCUUCACCUGCAGGGUUCAGCAGCUCAGCAUCAACCAGAGCAGGGACACACACAUCCACGUCCCAGAUUUUUUCUUUGUGUACAUAUGUGACAGUCCUGCUCUCUACGUCGCCAUUGUCUUUGCUGUCAUCUUUGUCUUCAUGAGUAUUUUCGCCCUUGUCUUCAUUUUGUGUAAACGGAGACAAAACAAAAUCAAGCUUCAGGAUCUGAUGGAGAGAAACAAAGAGCAGCUUGAGGCAGAAAGGGAGGAAAAGAGAGAGCUGGUCGUGGAAAAUGCCAAACUUGAGGAAGAGCUGCAGAAGAAAGAGAGAGAACACUGGAGAGAGGAGUGGGAGAAACUGAAGGAAGAGCAGAGGGAAGUGAGAGAGCAACUCAGAUUGAAGCUGGAGGAGGCAGAGAGACAGAGGGAUGAGAACGAGAGGAGGCUCAGAGAAACUGCUCAGAGAGAAAAAGAAGAAAAUAUGAGAGAGACAGAAAGAGUCAGAAAGCAGCUCCAGGCAGAAAUGAAGGAAAAGAGACUCUUGAAAGCAGAGUUGGAUAAAUUGAAGAAAGAGCAGAAAGAGCUGGCUGUGGAAAAAAGCAAUCUUGAGGAAGAGCUGCAGAGGAAAGAGAACGAACUGAAACACCAGAGAGAGGAGUGUGAGAAACUGAAGGACAAGAAGAGGGAAGUGACAGGGCAACUCAGACUGCAGCUGAAGGAGGCGGAGAGACAGAGAGACGAUAAGGAGAGGAUCAAAAGCCACGCCCGAGCUUCCGGAUCAGUAGUUUCAGCACUGGACAGCGCCACGCCCGAGCAGUCCCGAUCAGUGGUUUCAGCACUGGACAGCGCCACGCCGGAGCCGCCCUGA